AUGUCUGAGUUAUCCUCAUUAUUAUCUGAUAAUUCUGGUGUACCAGAGACUAUUGAUAAUUCUAGCAAUGUUAAUGAGCAAAAAGCUACAAAUAAUGAUGAUAAAAUGGAUACUCUUGAAAUAGAACAAGAGGAGGAUAGAAAUAUGGAUGUUCAGGAAGGAACAGAACAAGGAAAAACAAAGUUUAAAGUUUUACUAGAUUCUGUUAAGGAUGAACCAUUAAAAGAAACACGAUUAAGUAUUGCUGUAGAAGAUUUAUUAGUUCAUUAUCAUGGAUUACUUUCAAGUUUUCGUGUAACAUGUUCAUCUCAUUUAGUAAGUGCUCUAGAUUUACCUUUAAAAGAAACUGCAGAAAUUAUAUCGAAACAAGUGAAAGAUGCUGCACUAGAUGUUCAGUCAGAAUUUAAUAAAGCAUAUGUUCAAUGGAAAUUGUCAAACCCUGAGGAGGCUGAAGCUGAAGAGUUAAAUGAUAUUACAAAAGCAGUUGAGAGACAAAAUUGUUUAUUAAAUAAAUUUAUGUUUAAUCUUCAAAACAUUGUAUCAAAAACAGGAAUAUUUUCAAAGCAAAUUUAUAAUAUUAUUCAUCGUCCACUAUCAACAUCAAAUGUAGCAUUACGGUCAAUUAGAGACUUAACGAAUGCUAGUUCUGAUGAAAAAAAUAGAUCUAGUACCAUUGAAGGUACAGUUGGUUCAGAAAAGUGGAGGACUAUUGAUACAUCAAAUUUUGAUGAUCGUUUACCUGGUCCUGAGUUAUUAACAACUUCUUUUGAUGGUAUAUUAUAUAAAGAUUUGCCGAUUGUAUAUAUUAAAGCAACGAAAAAUAAUACUUUAAUAACAGUUACUGACUCUGACUAUAAUGAAAUUACAUACACCUCUUGUCGGUUGGAAGGAUUUAAAAAUGCCAAGAAGAAAUCUACAAUUGCUGGUCAGACGACUGGUGAAGCAGCUGGUCAAAGGUUAAAAAGACGUGGAAUUUUAACAGUUAGAGUAGUAGUAAAGGGUAUUGGACCUGGUCGAAUUUCUUCUGUUCUUGGAUUGGCAAAGUGUGGUAUUAAUGUUGUUACCAUAACAGACAAUACACCAUUAAAUGAAUUAGGUCCAAGACCAAGAAAAAUUAGAAGAGUUUAG